AAAUAAAAGGUCUGGGAGUCGUUCUCUCUGAAACAUUUCUUUUCAGUCUUUCAUCGUGUUGGUGGUGUAAUCUAAUUGCAAAGAACAUGUCUGGACGUGGCAAGCAGGGAGGCAAAGCGAGAGCCAAGGCAAAGACCCGAUCUUCCAGAGCCGGGCUCCAGUUCCCCGUGGGCCGCGUCCACCGUCUCCUCCGGAAGGGCAACUACGCCGAGCGGGUCGGGGCCGGGGCGCCUGUCUACCUGGCGGCGGUGCUGGAGUACCUGACCGCUGAGAUCCUGGAGUUGGCGGGAAACGCAGCCCGGGACAACAAGAAGACCCGCAUCAUCCCGCGCCACUUGCAGCUGGCCAUCCGCAACGACGAGGAGCUGAACAAGCUGCUGGGCAGAGUCACCAUCGCCCAGGGAGGCGUCCUGCCCAACAUCCAGGCCGUGCUCCUCCCCAAGAAGACCGAGAGCCACAAGGCCAAGGCCAAGUAAUUUCCUCUCUCUCCUGGAACUUCGGAGGAAUUGUUUUAAGAACCCAAAGGCUCUUUUAAGAGCCACCCACAGCCUCAGGAAAAGAGCUGGAUGGCAUUUUAGUUAACUAGUGACUCAUAAAAUGUUCUGAAAUUCCUUUCAAAGAAAAUGUGGAGCCCUUCAAGUCUUAUUUCAUCACUGAUCAAAGUUUAGGUUGGAUUUCGUUCUCUGUGUUUAGCUGCUCAUAGCUCACUGCUACAGAAAUGCUGGCAGUUGUAAUCUGAUGGAGCCUUUGCAGAUAAAGCAAAGGGGCCUUGUAAAUCUACCAACUCCUAGAAUUACUGUACACAGCUUUGAGCUCCUCUGUUUGGGUCAAAUGUAUCACAAGCUGUUAGGAUUGCAAAUGCAAUAGAGGUAGCAGAGUCAGGGGAGUGUUCCUUGAGUUUAUUAGAUGCCUUAGGUAGUCGGAACUCACUUUUUUAGAAAUAAUGUUUACUUAUAACUUCAUAUAUUUGACAAUACAGGCAUAUUUCUUUUUUGGUUGGAAGGAUAAA